AUGCGCGCGGGAUGUCACAUCAAGUUGCCACGGGAGAUUAUGAUGAAGAGAGCGGUGAUUAACGUACAAUCUAAAGACAAUGCGUGUUUCGCGCGGGCAGUGGUCGCCGCUCUAUACCCCACCGAAAGGAACGCGGAACGGGAAUCAUCGUACCCGCAUUACGCGACAGUGUUGAAUCUCCGGGACAUUGAGUUUCCAAUGACUGUGAAUCAAAUUAAGAAAUUUGAACUUACAAAUGACAUUUCCAUAAAUGUGUACAACAUCGAAGAUAAGAACAUUGUCCCGAUACGUCUUUCGAACCAGAAACGGGACAGGCAUGUCAACUUGCUGUACAUUGAAGAUGAUAACAGCGUGGAACAUUUCGCAUGGAUCAAGAAUUUAUCCCGACUAGUGAGCUCGCAAUUGAGCAAAAAAGAUCACAAGAAAUAUAUCUGCGAUCGAUGCCUUCAUUAUUUUGGUUCGGACGACAAGUUGCAGUCGCAUACGGUCGACUGCGGAAAGAUGAACGACUGCGUUGUCCGAUUGCCGAGCGACAAGGACAAGUGGUUAUCGUUCAACAACUCUAAUCGGAAGGAGCGGCUUCCAUUUGUGGUCUACGUCGACCUGGAAUGCGUCCUGACCAAGACAGAGGAAGAAAAAUUCGCCGAUUGUAUAGCGUGGUUCGCCAAAGACCUUAAAAAUGUAGCAAUUGGCGUUAAGAAUAUCUUAAAAACAAAUGUCCCCAUGCUUCCAGAAUAUAUAAAGGCGGAUCCGGAGAUUCAGACGUAUCGUUGCUGUUACAAACACUACAAUCAGCCGUGGCAGGAAACGCACAUCGACGGUCCGGUGCCAUUGAUAAACAAUUGCAGCGAAUGUCAACGAAAAUAG